ACAUGUUAAAGUGGUGUGUUCUGCAAGGACAAUUGCGUUUUAUUUUUAAAAUAGAUAAUAUCACAUAGAAAACUUUUUCAUAACAGAAGAUUUAUAUCAUACUUGUUAAGUUGAUAUUGGUGUACAAUGGAGUUUCUGUUAUAUUUUUGUUUUAGUUUUGCAUUCGUUGUUAUGUCAACAAAUCUUGGUCCAAACAAGGUCAUUUACAAGGGACAUAAUAUUGUAAAAAGACAAGAAGCACCACCAGACAAUACAACAACGAUUUCAGAUCACCAUGAUUAUUACACAUCUAAAAUUAUAUCCGAUCCAGAUGGUGCCUACUGGAAUGAACUGGAAGGACACACGAGACAUAUACUAUCCAAUGACCAUCGCCGCAAAUAUUCGUUUAUAUGGAUUUCAUUUAAAUUUCCUUUCUAUGGACGUCCAAUAUAUAGAUUUGCAAUUACCACACAAGGAUUUCUUUAUAUGAGUAAUUUCACCCACCCGAAGUUAGACUGGACUUUUACCCACUAUAUUGCUCCAUUAAUGGGAAACUUUGAUACCAUUGGAAAUGACUCAGAAAUUUUGUACAAAGACGAUGGACACAGUUUUGUAGUAGAAUGGAGGAAUGUUGAACUGAAUGAUCAACCUGAGAAAGGACCUUAUACCUACCAGACGACACUGUUUGAAAAUGGGACAAUAUUGUUUGCAUAUAAAUCAGUUCCCGAUACCGACAUAUUUGGUAAACUCUGGCCAGUAAAGGUUGGUGUUUCUGAUGCGUUUUACUUUGAUCGUGAUUCACCAUUUGGCGGAUAUACAAGAUUUAUAGUUCGCUACCAUCUAAUAAAUUUAAACGUGACAUAUCUUACUAACAACACUGCUGUUGUGUUAGAUCCUUUACCGACCUGUAAUGAAGCAACAACAUGUGAAAACUGUACAUCACUGAACAUUGGGUUUAAUUGUUCUUGGUGUCAUGCAGCAUCAAAAUGUUCUAGUGGAAUGGACUGGCAUCGACAAAAUUGGCGGAAUAAUCGAUGUGAUGCUAAGGCUGUUGAUACACCCGAGCAGUGCCCUAUACCAACAAAGAUACCAACAACAACCACAAGUAAACCAACGACACCAGCUACUCCUACUAAGCCAACGACUAUAAUUUCGACCAAACCUUCAGCAAUAACAGCAAAGCCUACGACGACAAUAAUUACUACAACGACAACAAAGCCGACAACGUCGACAUCGACAGAGAUUUCAUCCACAGCAGCUUCAGCUACAGUAGGAAGUGAUGCAGUUCGCUCAAAGAAAGAUUCUAAAUCGAAAACUGCUGUUGUUGUACCACUCGUUGUUGUUUUGGUAGUAAUUUUGAUCUUAUGUGGUGCUUGGAUAUUUUAUGCACGGACACAUCCUAACACGAGAUCGGGCAUAUGGCUGAUUGAGCAUUCUCCACGGAAGAUGAAAGAAAAAUUUUCUGGAAUAUCUUUUUUCAAGAAUUCCAAAGAAGAGACUCAUUCGAAGUAUGGGGUUCAAAGUGAUAGCAGUACAGUUUAAUAAUAGGCAUCUAAAAUAUUGUUAAAACAAAUCUUAUAUAAUCAGAAAUCGAAUGGUUAUAUUUUGGUAUAUAAAAUAUAUAUGAAUAUAGCAGGAAAUAUAUUUCUAGAACAAGAUCGUUGACAGUGGGAAAAGAGUAACAUCAGUAAAACAUAUCUUAGUGUGGUGUCUUGGUUCAGGUAUUCCAAAGAGAUUAUGUUUUACACACGAUGUUAACCACCUAGUAUGAACAAAGACGAGAUGAUCAGAAAAGAGGAUACAUAUAAACAAUGCCUGAACUGUUAGUUGGAAAGUAACCGGUGAACUCUCCUUCAUUACUCGUUCCAGUUUUUUUUUAACGUGUGAACUGUUAGUUUUAAUUCAGAUGAUGAAGAUGGAGAUCAGCUAGUUUAUGUAAAAAGUUCCGAUGCUUAGUAGAAGAUAUAUCUUAUGAAGCUGCUUUUUACAGUUAUUCUUUAAUUAUUUCUUAAAUUGUUGCUGUUAAUGUUGUCACAAGAGACGUACAUUUAGGAUCGAAAGAAGACUAUGUGUUUUAUUUGUUUCCAUUAUUCAAAAAUAAGAUUCAAGAUACAUAUAUAACAAGAAAGUGAUUUUUCUCUAACAAAAAUUUACAUGUAAGAUUAUUAAGGUAUAAAUGAAAGCAGUCUUUGUAAUUCUUAUAAAAGAGAGACGAAAGUUACCAAAGGGACAUUCAAACUCAUAGUCGAAAAUAAACUGACAACGCCAUGGUAAAAUAAGAAACAGAACAAAGACAAACAACAAUACACAAAACAAAACAUAGAAAACUAAAGACUGAGCAACCCGAACCCCACCAAAAACCCGGGGAUGAUCUCAUGUGCUUCAUAACUCUUAUGAAUGAAAGGAGGAUUUUAAUUUCAAAUGUUACAGAUAGCCUUUUGAGUACUAGUAUGGCAGUAAGUCGUCUAUCCAUACACGAAUGUUGACCUAUCUUUUUAUCUGUGAUAUUGAUUAGAAUUGUUUGUUAUAUUUACUUUAAUUAAAUUAAAUUUAUGUAAAUUUAUAUAUUUGUAUAACCAUCUCAUGUCUCAAAGUUGGAUGUAAGCAAUGUAUGCAAUUUGUUCACUGUUGGAAAUAUAUGUUAAUGUUGACGAGUUUCAGAUACGGGUAAAAAAAAAUGUCGAUUAUUUUUUAAAUCCUCCGACAAUAUUCACACAUUAUUUUUGUUUUGGAAACGAAGAUUAUGGUAAGGAUCAUACCUUAGUUAAAAUAAAAUUAUCAAAUUGA